CCCUCCUAGAAUAUCAGAUCGAGCGAUCCGAGAUUCAUUCUAAUUCAAUUGCAAGCACAACUCAGGUAUACGUACAUCUCUGUGGUUCCAUACACGAUUCAAUAAUUCCCAGUUACAUCUCUGAUUAUGCCGACCACUCAUAGAGCCGAUUUCGAAUUGUUGAUCCGCCAACAGCCCGAUCGGGCAAAAAUGGCUGGCAGCAAAGAAAGAGACCGCAAGCCCAUCGAUCCGCCACCCAUCAUUCAGCUCAGGAUUCGGGACGGUAAUCAUUAUCUCGCGCAGAACUACCUGCAAAACCCAUAUUAUUUUAUGUGCAUGAGUCUGUACGACGCCGCAGAGGAUCGUCCGGCUACGGUGCAGCCGUCUACCGCUCUCGCAGGAACACUGGUUUCGUCCCUUCACCGACUGAAGGACGUCGAUAAUAGCGACGGAGGCUUCUUUAUUUUCGGGAACUUAUUCAUAAAGGUUGAAGGUGAAUUUCGGUUGAGGUUCACUCUCUUCGAGAUGAGAAAAGACAUUGUUGUCGGCCUCGAAUCUGUCAUCUCUGAUCGCUUCACCGUGUCUUCCCAGAAGUACUUCCCCGGUAUGACAGAAUCGACGUUUUUAUCAAGAUCAUUCGUGGACCAGGGCGUGAAGUUAAGGCUCCGAAAAAGAUCCCGGAAAAUAAUGAAACGGACUUUAAUGCCAGAAGAUUAUUCUCAAUCUGCGCUAUCUCGACCUCCUAAUUACUCGUCUCUGCAAACAGCCGGUACAUUUGGAGGAUAUUAUUCUAUUGAUCGAGACUGUACUUCAUACUAUGAGCGGCCUCUGAAGUUUCAGCGGACCUCCGAGGAUCCCAGUAGAGGUAUACAUAAUAAUGAAGAGUAUUUCGCACGGCACAUGGGCGCUUACCCCGAGAGGGUGAAUCUGUAUGCAGACCAGGUCAAUGCUUACCAAAACCAGGCGAUGCAAGAAUGCCCUCCAGAGCGAACUCCAGUGUCUGAUUAUACAAUCCCUCACGGCCAUCUCCAUCGAUUGGAGCAUCUCAGCAAGCCCAGGGUACAGUCAGCUCAAUGAGAGUGUAACUAAUGGGGCUGUGACAUUGUUGCAGCAAUGGAAGAGUACCCAGCUGGUAG